CCGAUUACUAACUAUAGUGUUUCCCCCAUGUCUUAGAUCCUUUGGAUCGUCAUUUUUAUCUUGUACUAUUUCUUUUGCUGACGGAAGGCUUCAGAUCCACGACUACAUCAACAACCCGGAUCAGGACUUCGCUACCACAAUGUCCAAGCCGCAGAAGUACAAGAGUUCCGCUGAGAAGGGUGUUGCCGUGCCCAGCACCGCCGAGGACUCGGAGUACAGUCCUUACAUCAUCCCGUACAGUAGAACUGGUUCUAUUCGCAACAGCAACGGAGAAUGGUUCACCACAGCUACCAUUAAUGUCCCCAUCUCUUCCAAAGCGGCUCCUCCCGUUUACAUCAGCACAAGAGAUGGAAGUGUUAUCCCUCAAGGCCCCGCUCAAGACAAGGAACAGGAGGCCCGCAAGGAGCAGAAGGAUGGCAAGGAACCUCAGCGUUUCUACCCCAUGUCCCCUGGUGUUUACACCAAGCAGGGUCCUAACAAGAAGACUCUUUGAAGCAGUGGACUGGUUCGUAUUUCUUAUGGCGAUUUUAACAUGGAACUGGGGUGAACUAAAUCGUGAGCCAUUCUGCUAACACUCUUCUUUGCCCUAGGUAACAACGUCGUUUCGCACGUUUCUCGUUUCGUUUCUACCUGUAAACCAAGCACGAUUCGUUUACAAAGAAACGCCCGAACAGUUAAUUUCGAAUUCUCGUUCGCGAAGCCAAUUUUUGGCGGCCCGGUUCCUGGCAGCCUACUGCGGAUGAUAAUGAUCAUGAUCAUGGGACACGACUGGACUGGAGUUACUGGUGGAUUGGCAUUACGUUGUUUCCUUAUUCACCUUUCCUGUGUAUUCGACCGGCGACAUCGAGACGAUGGGUAGUUAGGCACAACAAUCUACUCGCCGAAUCCGUUUUCCUAAACCAUAAAAGUGUUUACUACAAGUGCUGGUCGACGCGACCGUGUGAGUAACCGAUCAGGGGGUACUUAACCUGCUAUUA